CGCAGGGCCCGCGCGGGCGCCGCCGGAAGUGACGUCAGCGCGCAGCGGCUGAGGCGGGAGCGGCGCUCGGAGCGGCCCGAGGGGACGGCGCCAUGUCCUCGACGUCACAGAAGCACCGGGACUUCGUGGCGGAGCCGAUGGGGGAGAAGCCGGUGGGGAGCCUGGCCGGCAUCGGGGACGUGCUGGGCAGGAAGCUGGAGGAGAAGGGCUUCGACAAGGCGUACGUGGUGCUGGGGCAGUUCCUGGUGCUGCGCAAGGACGAGGAGCUGUUCCGGGAGUGGCUGAAGGAGACGUGCGGGGCCAACGCCAAACAGAGCCGCGACUGCUCGGGCUGCCUGCGCGAGUGGUGCGACGCCUUCCUCUGAGCCCCCUCCCCAAAAAACGGCACCCCAAAACCCCCAACCCCUCCCUGCACCCCGAAACCCCAGCCCCCGAGCCCCCCAGCCCGUCCCCGCGCCCCCAAAAAUCCCCCAAAGUCCCGGCGAGCUCCGGGUGCCGGGCGCUCCUUGGAGGGGCUGGGGGCUCCCCAAAAGCAUCCCGGGGGACCCCCAGGGUUCCUCCAGGACCCCCAAAGCAGCUGUGGGGAGCCCAAAACUCACCCAGAGAUCCCAAAACUCAGCCAGGGACCCCAAAGCAGCUGUGGGGAGCCCAAAACUCACCCAGAGAUCCCAAAACUCACCCAGGGACCCCAAAGCAGCUGUGGGGAGCCCAAAACUCACCCAGGGACCCCAAA